GUGUCCCCUGCCUCGAAAAAGUUUUCGAAAUGGGAAUGUUUGGGUUCCUCCUAGUACUAUCCUGCCUUGCUGCUGCUGAGGUUCUUGUAGGGGUUGUUAAUCGUUCUGCACGGCAGCACUGAAAUAACACUCUUUUUCUUGUUUUGUAGUCGUUGAGCCGGUUGUCUGACUAUACAAUGGCAAAGCAAAAGCGGGAGAAUUAGAAGGCAGUGGAUGAAGACGAGGUGGAGGAAGAAAAUAAAGAAGAGAUGGCAGACACGAACACAGCCCAUUCUAAAAGCAUAUCUGAAAAGUGUGAGCCUGAAAGCCCAGGCAUGCCUGAGGCUGGUGGUGGUCUGGCCACAGAGGGUGAAAGCGGCAGGCUCGGCCCUUCAGAGGAAUGCUCAGUGGAACCUGAUGGCUCGCAUACUGUCACCUGCACGUUCACGGUCUCACUAGCUGUCCCUGUCUUGGCUACAAAGCAAAAACAGAAGAUACCCCAUCCGCCUGAUGGGCGAGAAAAGAGAAUUCCAGCCGAUGAACUGGGAGCUAUCGUAAGAACGCAACGUUGCUAUCACGUGGAAUACUUCCUUUUACCAGAUGAUCUCGUUCCUAGAAAACUGGAUUUGGUGGUGUUUGGGACAGUUGCAAAGCUAUUUGCAGAACGUGAUUCCAAGACAGCUCGAGGGGCUCAAUCCAAACGUCACGAAAAGAAACUGACAGCUGGGCUAACUUCCUCGACUAUUAUGCCAUGGUUUGAAAAUGACCAGAUGUGGAUAUCAUGGAGCCAUAGUACUGAUAUCAAUGUCACUAACGAAUAUCUAAUAAAACUAAGAGAUCACAAAAUAACUUUGAAACUCUGGGAGGCCAAGCACAAAGUUUCCUCAAAGGCAAGGCUUAGUAAACCAAGCAUUGCUUCUUCACUAGAAAGAGAUGCAGAGGCUGUUGGUGGGGUAAAACACACAGUGCUAUUGCAAAGAAAAUUCUUUGAAGAGAGUCAGCCACCACCCAGCUGUACAAAGAUUAAAGAAGCAAAGAAAUCCAAAGCACAGAAAGAGUCUUCAGUCCUUCCUGUCAAAGAAGAAACAGAUGGGGAUGAAGCAGGAGCAUCUAGUUAUGGUUUACCACAUCCUGCAAGGACAGAUGACGUGCUUACAGUGAGAGGUGUGAUAUUUGCAAACUACAGAUCUGUGGAUAAGGCCCAACUUCUGGAGCAGAAAGCAGUUGCUGGACCUCCAGGAAAUAUAAUUUCAGAAGAAGCUGAAAAAACAACCUAUAAUGUGGGAAGUCUGAUGUAUCAAGCCGACAAAAUAGCUAUCAUUAAUGGUAGAAGAGGUUCUGCUGCUAAAGAAGACGUUGAUGCUACUACAGCAAAGAAAGACGACGUUGCCUCGCUGCAGUUGGACCUCAUGCCUCUCCUCUCAGGAGAAAAAUCAGUCAUCAGUCGACUGGAAGAAAACAAUCCGAUAGUUUUAGAUGCUUAUGCGACUUUCACUGUAGAAACACCUCUUCUGUCUGAAAGACAAAGACAUGAAUUGAACCCACUGAUUAUAAAGAUUUAUUCGGCUACCUGUCUCCCAAACACCCCUGUACCAAUAGAAGUGCUGCAGAGAUUGUGCGUUCCCACUUACUGCAAAUACAAAUUUCACAACUUUCCACCUCAUCAAACUCAUGGGCAAAUCCAUGGAACUCAUGUCUAUUUUAAGGAUGUAAAUGUACUUCUAACAGGAACAAUGAAACCUGGGGAAUUACAGAGGUAUCUUAGAGGUCCACCUUUGGAGAUUGAAGUUCAUGAUCGGGAUAGAAGCAUGGAAGACAUCACAAAAAUGCCGUGUUUGUUUGGGGAGGAUCAAGCAGAUAAAAAAGUGGGUGAGGUGAGCCUCCCUGCUUGCAAAUCCACGAUCUAUAAUUCUUUUACGGAGAACAAAGUGUGGCAUCCACAUGGGGUAGCUAAAGUCAGUCUAACAGAUCUGUUGUUGGGUAAAAAGUUCUUGGCUAUCAGUGCACCCAUUCAUAGCUGUUCAGUUCCAAAUACAGGUGCUUUCAACAAGGAGGAUAAAAAUGAGAAAGUAAGAGAAUCUGUUGAUACUUCUCUAUUACCUAUGGGACAUUAUCUACAAUCAGACUCACUUUUGAAAGUAGGAGUGGAAAUAGCAGUGCCAUUGGGAAUGCAUGCAGAAAUUGCUGAUGCCCAAGUCCCAGAUUGCCCCUACGGUUAUAUAAUCUACAUUUUUGACUACAGUAAUUCAUCUUUAUUACAUGAUUUGGUGGAAGAGAUUACAGAAAUCAAUGCUAAUGCCCUCCAGCUGCACAGUUAUCCUGUACACAAAAUUGGAAUGGCUCUCGCUGCAUUAAUGCUGAAAACCACACCUGAGAAGGUUUCUGAGUUGGAUGUUGUUACUGGUUUUCACUUACUGGAUGGAGCAACUCAUCUCUUUGUCUUGGAGGGAUUAAAAGACAAGGCAAUCAAGAGACUCUGGGAUAGGCACUUUGAAAGGACUUACAGACAUGAAGAUGGACAACUGGAAAUACUAUAUAAUUCACAACUGUCUUUCAGUCAACGCCUGUAUACAGACCUGGAAGCUGUCUUUUAUCAUUUCUGCCUCUGUAUGCCCCUCUUCACUAUAGUAAAACAGCCUCUGCUUUAUGUCAGAGGUAUGAUUCCUUGGGCAUGUUUCCAAGCCUUGUCCAGGCUCAGUUACCUCUGUCAGUGUAAGAGGCUGAGGGUUGUGAUUCACGGGGACCUGCUGCCCUCAGCAGAAAUGAUCACAGUCUUGAGUCAAGAGUAUGGAGUACCAUUAACUGAUGAGGAUCUCUUCACUCGGAAACCCCCUGUGCCCUUGUUUUCCUCUGAUGCUUGUAAGCUAUCAGGAAAAUUUAGCAGAGAGAAAAAGACAGUACAUUCUUCAUUAGACAACUACAAUGGAAAGUAUGUGCAGUGGAAGAAAGAAAUGGCAGAAAAAAUGUCUUUUGAGAGAAACCACAUUAGGGCUAACAUUGAUGCUAUUUGUCAACUUAAAGGAAAAAAGAAAAAGCCAAAGUUUGAAGCUUUCAGGAUUCAUCCUGUUGAUGGCAAAUCUGUUUAUAACUACAGCUCUCAGAGCCUGAAUUCUGCAGAACUUGCAAAGAAAUAUCUUCGCCAGGAAAUGGCAAAGGAACCAAAGAACAGAUUCACUUACUGUCCUGAGUACCUGUCAGCUACAUUUGACCCAGUUGAUGUGGUUGCUGCCUGUAAGGAAUCCUUUGCCAAAGCCAAGAGCAUGUGGCUGUCACCAGAUGGAUUUGUAUUUCCUGGAUUUAAGAGCAGUAUUGAAAGCAACCUGCACCCUCAGAUGCCUGACGAAGCACGUCUGGAGGAGUUAAGCCAGAAAUGGCAGGCGAAUGCUCUGUAUGCUAACAUGGAGCCAGUGCUGUCACGAGACAGAUGGAGCUGGGACAAACGGCACGUUGAUUUUGAUCUCUACACAAAGCCGCCCGUGACAACAGCCCCACUGACAGAUGCUACCCAGGUUGUGCAAACUGCAUUUGAUGGUACCAAGCUGAAAGUUCACCGGUGCUCUACUGCAGCUGAAUUAUGCACACGCGGGCCAAGAGCCAGUUGCCAGCUACAGAAGCUCCAAGGACUUCUGAAAGAUGAACCUCUGAAAUUCUCACUCAGGAAGCCAGGACUAAUUUUGAAGCCUAUCCCAGCCCUGUCGGUGUUGGACAAUCAACCCUCUCAGAACAGUGCAGAUGUCCUACCAGGCAAGAGGAAGAGCAUCUGUUUUGGCUUUGUACCAGGUCCUGAAGGUCAGCACAGCCUGAAGUGGAGCAAGAACAUUAUCCCCUGCCACAACAGAGAGCGUAAGGUGUUUGAAAAACUCAAAGGAGCAGAUUUCAAUUUAUUUUGCUAUAAACAUUCACUUCUUUACAAGCGUGACCAAUCAGCAAGAGGAUGCACUGCUACCAGCGCAGAACAGGAAGAUCCUCUCCAGAAUGAAAUGCCAGCGCCAGCUGUUAACUCUGGACACAGCUACUGAGUCUCAGAGUUGGGAUGACCUCACUGAAAACUGACGAAAAGUCAUUUGUGGUAGUAAAUCCAGAAGGGGCUUAUGCACACAAAAUCUGAAGUAAGUCUCCAGACCACGAAAGACUAAAGUUUAAUCAGUCUGAAUUUUUCUCACACUUAAUUGUAGCAAAUUUACUUGUCAUGUAGCAUAAUUGUUACCAUGAAAUUUUAAAUUAUCUAUCCUAAUCAUCUGCUGUCAAACUCUCUCACUUUACUUUCAACACAUUUAGUGACAAAAUACUGUUGUUGUUAUGCAUUAUUACUAACGCUAACGCAUUAUUACGUUUUGGAAAGCGUUUUGGAAGAACACCAUGGAAAUAGCACGUUUAAGAGAACAUGCAAAUUCACAAUUCAUUCAUAAAUGUGUGUUAAAAUUACCGCUCACAUGACAGGUACUUGGUGUUGUUACUGCCCUCUUGCACCAAUCAGUUUAGAAAGAAGUUGGUACAAUAUCAGGUUUACAGGAGAGUUUGCUGCAAUGGAUACAAAUUCCUAAUGUACAGCGUGUAGUUUUAGUGCAAAAUCUCAUAGCUAUUUCUCACUGCAAAUUU